AUGGAAGAUGAGGACCUAGACAUCUAUGCAGCUAAUUGUUUGAACGUGGGUUACCCAAGUCGGACCUGGAAAGGGGUAAAGGUCGUAGCUAAAGUGGGCGAUAGAAUGAUGUGCACACUCAUGUCACGAGCAUUAGUUUUCAUGAACAGGUGGCGCCCCGGGUCCGCUAGCGCGGAAGAGACAGACCCUAUGAAUGAACCGUUGAAGGAACAUAUAAGGUGCGCCAUAGUAAAUAUAUUUAUGCACAUAUUGCUGGCAUCUCCAUGCAGAAGUCAAAUGGGCAUAGAUUAUGCAUGGGACAUUGUGCACGAGCUGGAGGAAUAUUCGUCUGGAUUACUUAGAAAGGGCAAGUGCAGCCAGGGAGUGUUUGCAGAUAUACACAUCAAGGACUUCCACAUGCAGAAAAUGAUUAAGGCAUGGUUACAGAACAAUGGAACAAUACAAGGCACAAUUGGCGGCAACGCAAUGAAAAGCAAAUGCACGAAAAAGAUAGAAGAACUCGUAGGCGCAACACGGGAUGCACAUGCCAUGGAUGCCAAAAUACCACUGCACACACACGAGAAGGACGUUAUAAAGCAAUUAGGGACAGACAUCAAGUUAUUGGUGCGGAAGGUGCAACAAGAAGUAAUGCAAUGCGCGCAGGAAAAUGGAGCAUGCAUGAAGUCUAUCGAACCUGUCUCCAGUAGCGAUGUCGACGAUGACGACAGUAAGGCCAUAGUAUCGAACUCUGUCGCAAGCGCUACACCAGCACAAUCCGGCAAAGUAGACCGCGAAGAAUCGCCCACAUCGGCCACAUCAGGACCGUCAGAGAAGGAAACGAGCAACCAGAACGGGGACCAUAGUCACCACAAGAAGGAAGACAAGAAGGAUGCAACAUCUAAUGAAGACAGAAAAAUACAACAGACUCCACCACCAACAACAGGUGCUGUAGCAGGAGCAACAGAACUUGGAAGGGCAGAUACAACAGCCGGAGGAGGAGAGGCGUCCCAACCACAAGCACCGGCAUCCCCAGUAUUACCAGCAAGACCACCCCCUCCUCCUCCACCACGGAGACCAUCCACACCAAGACACGGACCACAAGGAGAAGUGGGCAUAGCAGCAGGUGGACCUGGAUCAGUCCGGGACCCGCCCCCAGUAAAGGGCACCGGGCGGGGGCCCAUACUGCAGACGAGGACACCAUCAAGGCCGAACCUAACUCCUCCCCAGCAGCCCCCCACAACAGAGCCACCCCCAGGGAACGGAGGAAGCAACCGUGCAAAACCAGUAGCGGCGACACCGGUGCAGACCAACACGGGGAAGACCGGAAUAGGACACGAUUGUGCAUGGACGAGCAUGCUGGAAGAGACCAAGAGCAAAGUACACGUGCUGGGUUAUUAUAGUGCGCAACAGCUCGAAAAAAUGAAGAACGUGCUGCAGCAAUUUGUGGUGUACAUGGACAAGAACGAUGAGUACAUGGAUGCCUUAGGGGCGAAUUGUGCUAAUAAAGGUUGGAAUGAUAUGGAUGACAACUACAGGAGCCAGCAGACGGUAGGCGACAUGAUGAGAUGUAGGCUUAUGACACUUGCAUUAUUCUUUGCGAACGGUGAUAACAUACCAGGGAAAACUGCAGAAGGCACAAGUAUACCUGUGGACUCCACGGAGGAGGCGCUGAGGUCCGAGGUAGCGAAUGCAUUUGGGUACAUAUUGGAAAGAAAGUUUUGUGAAUACAAGACACAGUGGAAAAGAGGUAUAAAAUAUGCUUGGAAGACGGUCAAAGCAAUGGGGGGGGACGGUGGAAUUGGAACCACGGGUCCUGUUAUACAACAAAGGUGCACAGAAUGUGGGUAUAACAUUCAGAAUCCGGUAGUAAGAGUAGUAGACGGAGAAAUGGUACAGUUGUUAAUACAUGAGGGGAACCUAAUGGGCAGAAUAGCAGAAAUGGAGAGGCAGCAGGAAUGUAGUAAAGACUGGCAGGCAUAUAAACGAGAGAAGGAGGCUGAUAAGAAAAGUGGAAAAGUAAACAAAAUACAAUUCCCAGAAGUAGAAAAACAGGAACAGGAGAUAAUAAAAAUAACGAAGGAAGCAGUUGAAAAAGUGAAAGAAAAAAUAGACCAAGAAAUUGCAAACGGUAGGGAUACGAGUACCCAUGGUAACAAUACCACUUCGGUUAAGAGGCCACCGUACAAUUGCCGAGUGUGCGACGACGACGGCAGCGGUAGCGGCGGCCACUGUGUAGAUGAGGUGUGCGGCGAUGACGACUGUAGUUGA